AUGGAUCAAACAUAUACAGAAUGGCGACAUUUGAUCGACGGCAUAGGGGAAGGGCCAGCGAAACCAGACCAUUCGACCUCGCAUAUACAGUUCACAGUUCCAUCAACCCCGUCCAAUACCUCACUGAUACCACAUCUUGAGAGCGUCCAUCAUGUCUUUGGACAAGCACUUAGUGUUGAUAUACGUUUAAUGAUUUGGCCCGAAAGCUGGUUCCCAGGGGAUGAUCGACUGAGCCCCUUGUGGCUCCGGCCUUGGAUAAAAUUUCCUCAACUCCAAGAGGAGAUGUGGAACAAAAUCCUCAAUGCGCCUGAGCUCGUCAAUUCAUGUAUUUUCCCUCCACCAACCUCAAUCCAAUACACUGCUCAGCUCGUGAAAUGGUACGCGGUGUAUUCGGAAGACACUUUGAAGCAAUUUGCGCACAGAACACUGGACGACUUUCUCGCGCUGAUCGUUAAUUUUCUGGAACAUGAGCAGCCACUGCGAUAUACAUUCAGUGCCCGCGGAAAGCUGAACUUUGACCGUCCGCGUCAUUGCUGCAUUUCUGUUGCCAAAUGCGGAUUCGAAGAGCCAGCAUACGCAGUUCUGUAUAUUCCACCAUUUUGUCUGACUUUGCCCGAACUAGUUGCAGGGUUGCGCGCGAUAUCACCGGUCGAUGUCUUCGACAAGGAGCCCAAUACAUUUGAGGAACAUGCCACGACUAUUGUGGUUCGUGCGAUCGCUCGAAUCUAUUCAAGAAUGAUGGGCGCUGGGAUCCAGUAUGGGUAUAUCUACACAGGAGAGGCCCUGGUUUUUCUUCACAUCGACCCAAAAGACUGUACCGCCAUAGAAUAUUAUCUCUGUGUUCCUGGCCGUGACAUCGCUGCUCAUGGUUAUGAUCCACAUUCAAAAUGGGUUCGCCGUACGGCUUUGGGCCAAGUCCUCGCUUUCACACUUCAAUCAUUUGCUGCCGGUCCACCAACGCAGGAAUGGCAUGACGCAGUCUAUCAAUCCUAUCGCCCGCUCGAAGGCGACUACUCCCUCCUCAUGCCCCAAGCUCCGGAUGACAUUCGAUUCAGCCCGCCAGCAGAGUUUAUGUAUGAAGACUCGUUCUGGACUAGAUUCUGGGGAAAUCUCCUGCAAGCAGAGAUAAAAGCGAGCGGCCCUGAAAGUCCAUCUUCACAAACCUCUGGGUUAGAUAUUUGCAAGCCUUACUGUACCCAGGCAUGCCUCUUCGGUACUUUCGAAAAGGGGCUUCUGGAUGAAAACUGUCCAAACGUUGCUGAGCACGGCAUGGCAAGACAUCAGCUCAACUCACAGGAGAUCUGCGACAGGAUGAAUGAGCAACUUCGAGAAAACCGAUAUAGAGGAUUCCAGCAGCUGCACAUUGUUGGUCGAACCUGUUAUCUAUUGAAAGCAACUUUGCGGUCUCAUGGAUAUACGAUGAUGAUCAAGGCUACCGGCACAAGCCAGUCGCGCAGGAUCAAAGCUGAACUGAUCAACUAUCAGAGUCUGAAAUCGCUGCAGGGCUCUCAAAUCCCUGUAUGUCUUGGGAUGUUUGAGCCUAAGAUCCCAUAUUGGUAUCACGGGGUUCAAAUGAACUACAUGCUGCUCCUCAGCUGGUCUGGCAUUCGAACGGACGAACAUACCACCUAUGAAACGACUCAGUAUCUUGAACAGGAAAUGCGGAAACUUGAAGAUAUCCUUCAAGAACAUGGAGUUGUUCAGAAAGAUGCAGCCUUCCGGAAUGUGCUGUGGAAUCCUGACACAGAGUCCUUCAUGAUGAUUGAUUUGGAAGAUAUGAAAUGGCUGAAGGGACCUCCACAGGGUUCCAAGGGACACCGCAGUCGUCAAACACAAUCCAGCAUAGACGAAAUCCGGACAUGUAGCUAG